GGUUUUACUGUUGAAAAAAAUUAGAGGGCAAAAGGGGAAAACCGGAAUUAAUAAGAGCUUUUCCUCCAAGACUCCAGCUUUUGAAGAUGAGAAUUCUCCAGAUUCUAACAAGGAAGCUCUCUUCUUCGCAGAUUCGAAGCUGCAUAUUUCCUUCACUAUCUUCUACUUUAUCUCACCGUCAACUUCACUCUUCCUCCAAUCCAGCGUCGUCAUUCGGCAUUGCGUUCGAUAUUGAUGGCGUUUUGCUCCGCGGUAGCGUUCCUAUUGGCGGCUCUCCUCCAGCUCUCAAACGCCUCUAUGAUGAUUCCGGUACUCUGAAGGUUCCCUAUGUAUUUUUGACCAAUGGAGGCGGUGUUCCUGAAUCUAAAAGAGCAAAGGAGUUGGGUAGAUUGUUGGAUGUUAAUAUCCUACGUUUACAGGUUAUACAGGGGCAUACGCCAUUCAAACAGUUGAAGAGAAGAUUUGAGAAUGAGGUUGUUGUUGCUGUUGGAAAAGGAGAACCUGCUGAAGUGAUGUCUGAAUAUGGUUUUAAAAAUGUUCUCUCCAUAGAUGAGUAUGCAUCUUAUUUUGACAACAUUGACCCAUUGGAACAAUACAAAAAUUGGACAGACAAGCAGGAUGGUAAUCUGAAUAGCAAGUCUAAGCAUGUAGCUUUGAGCAAUGAUCCGUGCUCACAGAGAGUGGAGGCAGUCUUUGUUGUUAGUGAUUCUGUUGAUUGGAGCAGGGACAUCCAGGUUCUCUGUGACAUUCUAAGGACAGGAGGGUUGCCAGGAAAAGAGAUCGCACACCAGCCACCACUCUUUUUUGCAAGUGAUGACCUUGCCUAUCAGGCUUUGUUUCCAUCUGAACGACUUGGGAUGGGGGCUUUCAGAAUUGCAUUAGAGUCCGUCUUCAAUGCUAUCCACCCUGCUGCUCUGAAGUAUACGUCAUAUGGGAAACCAAAUCCUUUUGUAUUUAAAAAUGCGGAGACGGUGCUGAUGCAUGUUCUACAAUCAUGUCACAAUAACCAUCAAGUUAAUGGCAAAAAGCAGUUUUUCAAAACCUUAUAUAUGAUUGGUGAUAAUCCCUCUGUUGAUAUCAAAGGAGCUCGACAGGCUGGAAUUCCUUGGUUCUCUAUUUUGACAAGGACCGGUGUCUUCAAGGGGAAAGAAAAUCAUGACGUUUUUCCAGCAGAUCUGGUCGUUGACACUGUGGAAGAAGCAGUAGACUACAUUUUGAGCAAGGAGGGUAUCUCAUGAUGCACAUCUGGUAAAAGUCUCACCACGUUUUUACCUUAGACAUGUUAAUUGGACUAAUUUCCAUGAGGAGGAUUUGGUGGACCUCCUAGCUUUGCAAAUCAACAUCGACAUGCCUUCUUUUAUUGGUGUGGAAAAAAGAUUCAAAAUUUAUUCUUAAUGCUAUAAAGCAUUGGUUAGAGCUCUGCACCUGUUGAAGAAACAAGUGCCGGGAACUUGAUUCAUAAAUCUGAGAGUUAAGUACAUGUACAUUUUAGCAUGUCACUCUUCCUUGUCCCGAUCAAUUUUUUUUCAUAAACGAUCUUCCUAUCUAUUAUUAUGUCUGAAUGCCAUUGUUACUUCUAAGGAAGUUUUUUAAUGGAGUAAGCUCCGGCUGCUUAUAUGAUUUUACUUCACAAUUAUCA